CUGAAGAUUCAGUUUUCACUUAAACAACCAGCAAGUCUUGAAGUCUCUUCCCAAGCAAAUGGGAGCUUCUUUGGACCUUGGAGCACGCAGAGGAUUCUACUUUCUUUAAAACUUUGUUUUCAGGCAAUUUCCCUGAGAACCGUUUACCUCCAGAGGAUUGGUGGAGCUUGAUCUGAAGUGAAAACAAGUUUAUUAGAGAAGUAAAGAAACAAAAGAAUGGCUACUCCACAGACAGAACAGCCGACUCAUGCUGGCCAUGAAAUCUCAAGGUCAACAUUGGUGUUCCAGUUCAGAUAAAAACUGUAAAGUGAGCUUUCGUGAGAAGCUUCUGAUUAUUGAUUCAAACCUGGGGGUCCAAGAUGUGGAGAACCUCAAGUUUCUCUGCGUAGGAUUGGUCCCCAACAAGAAGCUGGAGAAGUCCAGCUCAGCCUCGGAUGUUUUUGAACAUCUCUUGGCAGAGGAUCUGCUGAGUGAGGAAGACCCUUUCUUCCUGGCGGAACUCCUCUAUAUAAUACGGCAGAAGAAGCUGCUGCAGCACCUCAACUAUACCAAAGAGGAAGUGGAGGGACUGCUGCCCACCCGACAAAGGGUCUCUCUGUUUAGAAACCUGCUCUACGAACUGUCAGAAGGCAUUGACUCAGAGAACUUAAAGGACAUGAUCUUCCUUCUGAAAGACUCGCUUCCCAAAACCGAAAUGACCUCCCUAAGUUUCCUGGCAUUUCUAGAGAAACAAGGUAAAAUAGAUGAAGAUAAUCUGACAUGCCUGGAGGACCUCUGCAAAACGGUUGUACCUAAACUUUUGAGAAACAUAGAGAAAUACAAAAGAGAGAAAGCUGUCCAGAUAGUGACACCUCCUAUAGACAAGGAAGCCGAGUCGUAUCAAGGAGAGGAAGAACUAGUUUCCCAAACAGACGUUAAGACAUUCUUGGAAGCCUUACCGCAGGAGGAGUCCUGGCAAAAUAAGCAUGCAGGGAGUAAUGGUAACAGAGCCACAAAUGGUGCACCAAGCCUGGUCUCCAGGGGGAUGCAAGGAGCAUCUGCUAACACUCUAAACUCUGAAACCGGCACAAAGAGGGCAGCUGUGUACAGGAUGAAUCGGAACCACAGAGGCCUCUGUGUCAUUGUCAACAACCACAGCUUUACCUCCCUGAAGGACAGACAAGGAACCCAUAAAGAUGCUGAGAUCCUGAGUCAUGUGUUCCAGUGGCUUGGGUUCACAGUGCAUAUACACAAUAAUGUGACGAAAGGGGAAAUGGAGGAGGUCCUGCAGGAGCAGAAGUGCAAUCCAGCCCAUGCCGACGGGGACUGCUUCGUGUUCUGUAUUCUGACCCAUGGGAAAUUUGGAGCUGUCUACUCUUCGGAUGAGGCCCUCAUUCCCAUUCGGGAGAUCAUGUCUCACUUCACAGCCCUGCAGUGCCCUAGACUGGCUGAAAAACCUAAACUCUUUUUCAUCCAGGCCUGCCAAGGUGAAGAAAUACAGCCUUCCGUAUCCAUCGAAGCAGAUGCUCUGAACCCUGAGCAGCCACCCACUUCCCUGCAGGACAGUAUUCCUGCUGAGGCUGACUUCCUACUUGGUCUGGCCACUGUCCCAGGCUAUGUGUCCUUUCGGCAUGUGGAGGAAGGCAGCUGGUAUAUUCAGUCUCUGUGUAAUCAUCUGAAGAAAUUGGUCCCAAGACAUGAAGACAUCUUAUCCAUCCUCACUGCUGUCAACGAUGAUGUGAGUCGAAGAGUGGACAAACAGGGAACAAAGAAACAGAUGCCCCAGCCUGCUUUCACACUAAGGAAAAAACUAGUAUUCCCUGUGCCCCUGGAUGCACUUUCAUUAUAGCAGAGAGUUUUUGUUGGUUCUUAGACCUCAAACGAAUCAUUGGCUGUAUCCUCCAGCCUCCUGCCCAGCACAGGAAUCGGUGGUCUCCACCUGUCAUUCUAGAAACAGGAAACACCAUGUUUUCUGACACAGUCAAUUCUGAUUUUCUUUUUCUUUUGACAAGUCUAAACGUUAGAAAACUUUCUUUUUUUUGGAGACAGUCUCAUUCUGUCACCCAGACUGGAGUGCAGUGGGGCAAUCACGGCUCACUGUAGUCUCGACCUCCCGGGCUCAAGCUAUCCUCCCACCUCAGCUUCCCAAGUAGCUGGGACCACAGGUGUGUACCACCAUGCCCGGAUAUUUUUUAUUCUUUAUUUUUUGUAGAGAUGGAGGGAUCUCACUUUGUUGCACAGGCUGGUCUCAAACUCCUAGGCCCAAGUGAUCCUCCCACCUCUGUCCCCAAAAUACUGGGAUUAUAGGGACGAGCCACCACACCUGGCCAGAAAACUUUCAUUAUUGAAGACUUGGAUUGUAGCCUUGGUUUUGGAUGUCUACCCUGAAGACAGAGUAAUUGGCUUUAGUUUGUGCAGGUAUUUUUUUUUUUGAGAGAGUCGCUCCAUCACCUGGGCUGGAGUGCAGUGGUGGGAUCACUGUUCACUGCAGCCUUGACCUCCCAGGUUCAAGCGAUCCUCCCAACUCAGCCUCCCAAGUAGCUGAGAUUACAGCUGUGUGUCCAUGCACAGCUAACUUUUAAUUUUUUGUGUGGAGAUGGGGUUUCACUAUGUUGCCUAAGCUGGUCUCACACUCCUGGGCUCAAGCGAUCCUCCCACCUCAGUUUCUCAAAGUUCUGGGACUACAGGCAUGAAAUACCGUGACUGGCCUGGGGACCAGGUACAUUUUAAGGUUCCUUGGUGUUCAAAAACCACGUUCUUAGCCUAGACUGAGUUUAGAUUGCCUCUCUAGGCAACUACCCCUUAGUUAUAAUUCUGUGUCCCCUCUGCAUGGCCUUGAACAUUGGACAAUGAGGUCACAGUCCACCCACCCUCUCUCUGAUCUCCCCCUUCCUAAGACGUCUCUUCUGCACAUCUAGUGAGGUGAAAAUUUGGUCUAUGCCAGGCCCAUUUCCUGCUUUUGUGUAAGGAAGGUGCUCACGUAGGAAGUUUUUAUUUGGUUAGAGACAGGUUUCCCUGUAGGAAGAUGAUGGCUCAUUUACACUCAGCUGCUCUGCAAGCAGAAACUUUACAACCCGAUGUCAUAUUCCAUGUUGGACUGGAUGCAGUGACUCAUGCCUGUAAUCCCAGUACUUUGGGAGGCCGAGGCAGGCAGAUCACUUGAGGUCAGGAGUUCGAGACCAGCCUGGCCAAUACGGCAAAACCUCGUCACUACUAAAAAACACAAAAAUUAGCCAGGUGUGGUGGCGAGCACCUGUAAUCCCAGCUACUCGGGAGACUGAGACAGGAAAAUCUCUUGAAUCCAGGAGGCAGAGGCUGUGGUGAGCCGAGAUCACAUACCUGCACUCCAGCUUGGGCAACAGGGCGAGACCUUGUUUAAAAAAAAAAAAAAUUCAGUGUUGGGGUUGGAACCUUUCAGGUGCCAUUGACAGAACACCCAAUUCAAAUUGACUGAAGCAAAGAAGGGAAUUUAUUGCCUCUUUCACAUGGAAACCCAGGAGUGGAUAGCACUGGCUUCACGCAAAGCUUGAAUCAGGACUCAAUCUACAGGCCAGCACCUUUCUCUUGGCCAGAUGUCCUCAGGGCUGGCAGAUGCAGUAGACUGCAGUGGACAGUCCCCACCUUGUCACUGCUACUACACUUUGCUCCUCUGGCCCAAGGGAUGAGGAGAAAAGCUGUGUCAGAGACUGAAGCUGUUCUCAGGAUCACUGGGCUCUUCUUGGCAGAGGGGAUGUCUGGCUUGCCUGAAAGGAGUGGCUCUGUAAGGACGCCAUGAUGCUUUCUUCAUUAAGUUUUGAACAUUUUUAAGUACUUGAGCUUUUUUUUUUUUUUUUUUUUUUCAAUUUCUAGAGGAACUUUUUCUUUGUUAAUUCCUGGAACUGUAUUUUGAAUCCUUGAAGGUGAGCCCUCAUAGGGAGAUCCAAAGUCCUGUGGUUAACGCCUUCAUUUAUAGAUGAGGCAGCUGAGGCCUGGGGAUGUGAACAACCUGCUCGCCGUCCUCAUUUACUGGAUUUGACUUCAGCCAGGUGAACUGGAAUGCCUUGGGGCGUGGAAGGGCAUUAGGAGUGUUUCAUUUGAUAUAUGAAUGCUCAUAAAAAAAUGUCAAGGAAUGAAGAACAACAACUCUUAGUGGUGCCUGCAUUUAUAAUUAUUUAUGUGAAAGUCAAAUUCAUGUACAGUAAAUUUGUUAUAAGAAUAUUCACAAGAA